AUGUCGAUGACGAGAAAACGCUUCAGACGAAUUCGACUUGGCAACCAGCCUCCAAACAAGUCAAUGCAACAUCCAAAGUUAUCUCCAAUCCGCCAAGCCUGGUACAAAUGGAAAGCCCUCCGUUUACCAUGGCGAAAGCGAUUCCUCAUAGGCCUUGACCUCCAAGGCAACACCUUUUGGGAAUUCCGCGAUCUGCGCGGCGACGGCCCCGUGGCCCGCUGGCGACGCAUCGUCAAGUUCCCCUCGUCGACGCACUACAGCGACGUCAAGGUCAGCCCGCAGUGGAGCCAGUGGCUGCGGCACGUGAGGGAGCACCCGCCGUCGCUCGAGGAGCAGCAGCAGGACCUGGUCCGGCAGCAGCGGAUGAAGCUCCUGGCCGCCGAAGCCGACGCGAGGUGGAAGGCUAAGCCGAGCGUCCUGGAUCCGCCGUCUGCGUCCGCCGGCCGCCAUGGUGAGCAGAGUCUUCGGGUGGAAGAGGGUGGGUCCGUGGCUGAAGAGCAGCAUCAGCAGCGGAAGGAUGAGGGUGUUGCUGUGGAUCAGCAACAACAGCAGGAGCAGCAGACUUCACCACCGCAGGCACCCGCAACCGACCCGUGGGCUAAAGCAAGGGGUGGGCCGAGUGAGGACUGGCAGCCCGAGGCGUGGAAACCUACGUCUACGCGCAAGAGAUGA